AUGAGCCCAAUGGCUGGAAACAACGGCGACAAGGCCGCUGCGCCGCAAGGUCACGCAAGGGCAUCGUCGGCCCGCCCGACGAGCGCGUCCGCCGUCGGUGAUAACUCGCCGGCCCACGAAAGAGGACCGACGAAGAGAGACAAGAUCCUCACGAUGUUCGACGCGCUCUCGUCGCUCUCGGACCGCAACGAAACGAGCCACAUCCGCUGUCGAUCGACAAGAAACAGUGGCGGUGGCGUUAGCACCAGUGCAGUGCGCCAAAAUAAUGAAGACGGCGAAAAAAGCGGCAUGUUGCUGGAUUUGACGGAGCGCAAUCCGUGGGCGCGUGGGGCGCGUGGGGCGCGUGCUGGCCGCAUAGCUGAGCCAAAUGAGUUGUAUAACACGCUCGAAGACGGCGACAGGAGCGCCUGGAUUCUCGACGGAGGGUCAAGUAGGCACCUGGUGAACGAUGCGGCGCUGCUUCUCAACGCAAAGCGCUGCAGUCGGAAGAUCGCGAUGGAAAACGGCAACGAGCUCGAGCUCAUCCAGGCUGGAAGCGUGCGGCUUAAAAUGAACGCUUCAGGCAUGGUGAAGACGGUGAAUUUUACCGACGUUUACUUGGCGCCGCAGCUCGCUUGCACCGUCUUGUCUCUUGGGAAGCUGGAGCAGAAAGGCUUCGGGCUAGUGGACGAAGACGCUGCCGCUAACAACGCUGUGGGGAUCAACGGUGACGUGGAAAUAGACGACGAAGAUAUCGGCGCCGCUGGUGAUGACCGUAAUGCAUCAAUUGUCGUCGCUGAUCAAGCACUGGGCCCUAGAAUCAUGGACCACGUCGCUGCGCUCGUACAGAAGUUUCUCCUCCAGACCUAG